CCUGGCGCAUCACCCCGCUGUUCGUCGGAGCACCCCUGGCUGCCACCGCCACCGUCGAGAGCGGCGCAGCGUCCAAUGGUCCACCACGCUCACGGAACCGCCCACCCGGAUCCGUCACACGCACCUGCAGAUGCUCGACAUUCUGCUUCCGUGCCUCGUUUCGGGGAACAGGUGGAUCAUGGGGUGCCUGCCGAGGAGGUCCCCGCUCCGGUGUCCGAUUCAUCGUCGACCCCUGUUCCGACAACCACGGGUGGUGGUCGGUCUGCCCCACAGCCUUCACCCGUGUUGACCGGAACGUUAGACCCUUUGCAGCGCAUUCGUGACCUUGCAGUCGCCCAGAGCGCGACACCUGUGAGCCCAGGCGGGUUGUUGGAUGCUGGGGUCCUCGGCGGGAGAGCUACGACGGGACGAUGUCGGGGCACUUACAGGCAGCAAGCCGUCACGUCAUAUUAUUCGGACCCUUUGGAGCGCGCAUGGUAUCUGCAAAUCAUGCGGUUCAUCGUCGAGAGCGGGAUGCCGUUCAACAGCACGAAGCUUGAAAGCUUCAAACGCAUGUUCACGAUGAUAAUCCCGCCGGGGGUUCCAGGGGCGCCCGCGCCUAGACUUCCCUCGUACCACAUGCUGCGCACAACCCUUUUGGACGAGUUGGAUGGUGAGGUCCAGAAGUGUGUUCGGCCGGUGCUUGACACGUCGAGAGAGACCAGUUGCACAAUCAUGACCGAUGGUUGGACCAACAUCCGUGGUCAGACGUUGUGCAACUACCUUGUUGGUACAGAGAUCGGGGUGGUGUAUGUAUCCCCCGACGUCAUGCGUGGCAAAAAGGACGCCAGUGCCCUCGCGAACGCAUGGUUGAAAAGGGUGAAGUCCAUGGACGUUCAAUUGAGCGACAUCACGGCGUUCGUGACGGACUCCGCCGGGGUGAACGUCGCGGCAAUGGAGGUAUUCCAAGAAGAUGAGAGCGUGAAACACAUCUUCUGGAUUCCUUGCGUCGCCCACAUUAUGGAUCUCAUUCUCGAGGACAUCGGCGGGAUUGAUUGGGUGGCUUCCCGCAUUUCUCAAGCGAGGCUGGUUACAAGAACGUUACUAACGACAGGAGUCACCAUUGCUUUGAUUAAACAAGAGGCGGAAGUGUCGGAUUACUCUGGCAUGAUCGGGCGAUGGGCAACGGUGCUGCAGAGCAUGGACUUUGACAUUCGUCAUCGGAAGCACGAGAGACAUGGGAAUGCGGACGAACUGACACGACUGCACCGGCCUGAGAAGGUACCGAAGAGUGAGGAGCCGGGGCGCCGCCAGCUGAUUGCGCAGGAGCUCAUCGCACCGAUCGUGCAAUUCGCAGACGAUCUCUCGCCCGACAUCUAUUCACAGAGUGACGACAAUCUUGCUCCGUACAUUUUCAAGCGAUCAUUGGAUCCGUACCUUCAGUGGACUGCGUGCUUGGAGAAACCUAGGGACGAGGAUACGCUACCAUUGCGGCAGGAGUAUCUGAAGCCGUACGAUAUUAUCCCGCGCGCCUUCUAUCCGAGGGCAGAGGAACUGGUGAUCGACUACGACGGCGAAGAGGACGAAGACGAGGAAACAUCGGAGGAGGGAAGCUAUAGUGAACAUAGCGAGGGCGAGCUGAGCAAAGGAGAAGAGGAGGAAGAAAAAGUUGGUUCUGAGUGGGAAGCCUUGCUGGAGGAAGCGAUGCGUACAGGAACGGAGGCGGAAAAUCCGGAAGUGGCGCGAAGGCGCGAAGAAAUUGCCACCGGGAAGCGCCAGUUGGAGUUCGCCAGCGAAGCUAGCCAGCGCAUCGGUAACGAUCUGACCAGGGAUCCAGAGCCGCCGAAGACCGAAGAUGGCGACCCUGCAAACGCCACCUCCACGCUGCAUGGGAGCGAUGCAACGUGGUAGAGGUUUACUGCGUUGCGACGGGGACAAUCCCCGCCUGCCGCCACUAUGAGUUCUUUCGAGCGGCGCUUUUUCGCACCCUCUCCUCUUUCUAUCGCGACUACCUUGCUUCCCUCCCUCGCAGCGGCGAUCAUUUCCCCUACUUCCACCGGAUUAUCCAACAUGAGGAGCUUUCGGUGACGAUGGAAGGAAUGAAUCGCUUCCUACCCC